AUGUCUUGGGUAAAAUUGUUACUGGAAAACCCUAUAGGACUCAUUGUUGUCUUAACAAUAUUCGCCUUGUACCUUCCUGGUAUGGUUUGGUCAAGAAGAACAGAUAAAAAAGAUGUGCAAAAGGCUGGAAUCGGAAUCUUACCUGGUCACGUGCUGAACACUAGGAAGGAUUGCCAAUAUAUCAUCACUGUUUACACCGGAUAUGGAACUAACGCCGGGACAACAGCAGAGGUGAAGAUAGCUCUUAAUAGCCUAUAUGAAGAAGCCACUCCGUUCACUCUCCGUGACCAAACACGGUUUCUGUUUGAGAAAGGCGGCGUGGAUGCCUUUCUUGUGUCUACAGAACAACCAAUUGGAGGUCUGACCCACGUGCGUGUGUGGCAUGACAGUGGAGGGCACAGUCCGGGGUGGUUCUUAAGGCAGAUUGUCGUGACGAACAGAGGGACUGGUGAGACUAGCUAUUUUCUGUGUAACAGGUGGCUGGCAGCUGACGAGGACGAUGGGAAAGUUCACCGCGUCCUCCCAAAAGCUACACCAGACGAGAUGACCAACUCCCGUAACCUGUUCCUGGCUAAAAGCGCGAGGGACAUGAACGAUGACCAUGUGUGGUUCUCGGUGCUUGGUCGCCCGGCGCGAAGCCCUUUCACCCGAGCCCAGCGCCUGUCGUGCUGCCUGACCCUCUUGUACAGCACCAUGUUUACCAACAUCAUGUUCUUCGGUCGCGGUGACGACUUUGACCCACCGGCCCCAAUCCGAUUCGCAGGACUGGUAAUCAAGUCACCUGUUUCCUUGGCACAGAACCCAGCUCCUGACCAUGAGCCACCGUCCAUGGAGGCCCGUCUGACUGAACAGAGAGAAAAGAGAAGACGGCGUGAGGUUGUUGUCGAGGUUCUAGUCUUCUGGCUGUUCUUCACGGUCCUCAUGAUGACGUCCUACAUGGAAAGGAGCCCGUUGGCUUACCACAUGACUCAACACGAACAAAACGUUAUUCUUGACGGCGGUGAUGUCACAGAGGUAUCCCGUAUGUUGGUGAACAUGGCACGUACCGUGGCGGUGGUUACAUCGCCUCUUUAG